CAGUUAGCUAUAGCCGGACUGAGCACCCGAGACCUUAGGCAGUUCGAGAACGUUGUAUAAAAACGCCAGACGCAUCCGCAGCGCAAAUCAGUUGAAAUAUAUCGCGACCAGUUACGAUAUAUACAGAAUGCAGUGGAUAUUCGCGCUAGUUCUGGCCCUCUGGGCAACCGCAAUCGCCGAGACGCGCCAGAUACGUAUCAAUCGUUAUGCGGUCAGCGUGCAGGAGGAUGACGUACAGCAGGCGGUGGUUAAGGAGCUGAAGCCCACGCCAUAUCCGGCAGCUGGCUAUAGACCGCAGGGACGCGCCUUCUGGUUGCCGGGCGAAGCCGAUGCGGAGGCUCUGCCCACUGAGGGCUCGGGCUUGGGUACAACUACAACGGAAUUGCCGCUGGAUGAGGGAACAACGAGCACAACAGAGUCACUCGACUUGAGCACUACAACAAUGACAACAACCACAUUGGAUUCCCUGGACGCCACGACCACAUCAGCACCCUUUGAGUUUCGUUCCGGCCGCGCCAAUGCGAAAGCCCCUUAUCCAGCUGCAGGCUAUCGACCAAGUCGCGCUUUUCGACUGCCCACCGAGCUGAAUCUGGAGCUGGGGCAGCAGCAGCAGCAGCAACAGGUGGAGCCAAGCAAUGUAAACGAGACGGCAGCAGUUCCCGAUAGUAAUGCCAACCAUCCUGUUUGCGGUGUCAGCACAAACCCACUGAAGCCCACCCCGGAGCCGGGCACCAAGGAUGAGCCCGACUCGGAAAAUGUGCUGAUUACCGCCAAUCUGGGGCCAGCCGUAUUGGUUGCCAGAGCACCAACCUCCCCGGGCAUACCCGUUGCCAUACCCCUGCGCUCGCAGCCUCUGAUUGCGGCGCCCAGGCGAGGAUUUGUCUACACCACGCACGUGGAGCAGCGUUGGUGAGGCUCAGGCUGACUGCACGUCCCUCCUAUUACAUUGUUAACAGCUUAGAAUUAAUCAAUCCAUGUUACUCUUAUUUAAGUUGAAAUAUAUUUGUAUUCAUUUGCAAUCU